AUGGCUCCGCCACCUUCAAAGAAACAAACGGUGCGGCAUUUCACCGAUCCGAAACACCCACUCCACCUCGUCACCAUCUCCGAUGAAUUUCAAUGCAACGGGUGCCGUGAGCUAGGUUCCGGCACCAGGUUCCGUUGCAAGGCCUGCGAUGUUAACCUCCACGAGUUCUGCGCCACCUGUCCGGCCACCAUCCGAUCAUCGGUUCUCCAGAUCAAAUACCCCUUAACCCUAGUCAACGAGCGACCGGCGACCGAGCGGAUAUGCGACAUCUGCAGGGACCCCGUCAAAGGGCUCCACUACUCGUGCCCCCCGUGCGCCGUCGAGGUACACCCGCUCUGCACCCAGUCGCCGCUGCACGCGCGGCUUUCGCAGCACCCUGAGCAUAUUAUGAAAACUCCGGCAGAUGAGGUUGAUAUGCAGACAACCAGCGGAAGCGAAAGAAUUAAAAAACGGUAUAUAUUUGGUAUUUUGGCUAAUGUUGCUUUAGCAGCGGCGACAACUGCCGUUAUUGGAGUUCCUUUGACAUAUUGUUAA